AUGUACUUGAAUGCUGAGUCGUUAUAGAAAUAGGAAAAAGUUGAUAAUUAUCACUGUUUAAUACGCAAGAAUCAUUCGAAUCAACAGAAUUUGUAUACUUUUAUUCGUGUUCAAUUCUUCCAUCUAUGUAAACAAAAAAUUCAGGAUCAAUUGAAGGCACUUACCUAAAAAUUAAAUACUAUAUUAUCACAUCAAAAAAGUUAAUUUUAAUGUUAAUUGAUAGUGAGGUUAAAGCUCAAAAUUUUUAAAUAUCAAAUGAUGAUAUUCAAAAAUUGA